AGCAGAGGAGAGCCUAUGGGAGGAGGGGAGAGAAGGGGGAGUGGCCUGGUAGUAGUGUAGUGGGCUAGUGCUUGUGGAGGCGGAGCAGAGAGCUGGGCUGGGAGAGCGAGCAGAGCAAGCAAAGCGAGGGCGAGCGAGCGAGAGGCGAAGCGAAUUGAUUGCGCCCACCACCGCACCACGUCUUCUCCACCUCCGUCCGACCCGUCCUCGCCAAGCCACCAUCAUUGCCGCCACCGCGCCGCCCGCGGGAGCCCAGCUGCGCAUUCUUAACUGUUCCUCCUCCCCUUGGCUUCUCGGCGAAGCGUUGCGGUUGCGGGUACUGGAGUGGAGAGCAGAGCACCGGUACGUGUGCUGUGCUGCCACAGGGAGGGGGGGAAGGAAGCGGCACCACCCACCACCACCUCCAUUAAAGGCGCUCACGCGCCGCCUCCGCCUCCACGAGAAAGCGAGGCGAGGGAGGGCGAGGGCGUACGCCACCUGAGCUCACUCGCCGUCAAGUCCCUCUCUCUCUCUUCCUCACUUCCCUCACGGGGGCAGCCAGCCACGUACAAAGGCCGCUCGCCAACGCCCAGCGCCCCCCUCGCCGCACCACCACGCCCCACGCCGUGGCCGCCUUUAAAGACAUCGCGCGCCACGCUUAAAGAGCAGAGGUGGGAGCAGAGUCGCGGCAAUGGCAGUGACCGCGCGGCUCCGCGCCGUCGUGGCGUGCGUCGUCCUGGCGGCGGUGGCGACGGCGCCGCUCCCCGCGGCGGGGAUCCUCGACCCGGUCGACUUCCUGGCGCUGCAGGCGGUGCGGCGGUCGCUGGACGACAUGCCGGGGUCGGCGUUCUUCGACGGCUGGGACUUCACCGCCGACCCCUGCGGGUUCCCCGGCGUGUUCUGCGACGGGGACCGCGUGGCGUCGCUCGCGCUCGGGGACCCGCGGGCCGGGUCGCCGGGGCUGACGGGGCGGCUCGACCCGGCGCUGGGCAGGCUGUCCGCGCUCACCGAGCUCUCGCUCGUGCCGGGGCGCGUCGAGGGGCAGCUCCCGGCGUCGCUCGCGUCGUGCUCGAACCUCCGGUUCCUGGCCGUCAGCAAGAACCUCCUGUCCGGCUCGAUACCGGACGGCUUCGGCGCGCUGACCAACCUCCGGACGCUCGACGUCAGCUUCAACCAGAUCUCCGGCGCCAUCCCGCCGUCCAUCGCCGCGCUGCCGUCGAUCACCAACCUCAUCCUCUGCCACAACCAGCUCACCGGCGGCGUCCCGGCGUUCCAGGACUCGUCCCCGCUGCUCCGGCUGGACCUCAAGCACAACGCCCUCACCGGCGGCGUGCCCACCCUGCCCGCCGGGCUGCAGUACCUCUCGCUGUCGGCCAACAAGCUGAGCGGCACGGUGGACCAGGUGCUGCCACGGCUGACCCGGCUCAACUUCCUCGACCUCAGCAUGAACCAGCUGGAUGGCCCGAUCCCGCCGGCGGUGUUCGCAUUGCCCCUCUCCGUGCUGCAGCUGCAGCGCAACUUCUUCGCGGGGCCCGUGCAGCCGGCGAACGACGUGACGAUCCCGGUGGUGGACCUGAGCUACAACCGGUUCUGGGGCCAGCUCUCGCCGCUCCUUGCCGGCGUCGGGCAGCUGUACCUGAACAACAACCGGUUCACCGGCGAGGUCCCGUCGCGGCUGGUGCAGGAGCUGGUGGGCUCCGGCGGCCUGCAGGUGCUCUACCUGCAGCACAACUUCCUGACGGGCAUCGAGAUAUCGCCGUCGUCGUCGCUCCCCUCCACCGUCUCGCUCUGCCUGAUGUACAACUGCAUGGUGCCGCCGGUGUAUGCGCCGUGCCCGAUCAAGGCCGGGUCGCAGAACACGCGGCCGGCCGACCAGUGCCCCGAGUGGAGGGGCUGAGCUUUUGAUACCAGGCUGAUCGUCCCUCAGCGGCAACGCCAAUGCCAAUCCCGGAUCGCCUCGGAUCAUCGGUGGGAAAUCGCGGGGAAAGCAGAAGAACUGAAGAACAGUGGAGAUUGCAAAGCGGUGGUCUCUGAUUCUUUGAUUGAUUUGUCCAGUUUGUUACUAGUGUUCUUAUUUUAUUUUAUUUUUUGGUUUGGGAGGAUAGUUACAGACAAGUAAGUGCCUCAAUAAUCGGGUAUUACAGGUGUAAGUUUUUUGUUUAGGUGUACGUGCAUUGUGUCUCCCCCUGCUGUAUAGUGAGCUAGUUACUGUGAUCACACUGGCUCUUGAUGCUGUUGGAUCAGAUGAUAUGGUGUUAAAGGGCCAGUGACGUUAUUUAUCAAUCAUGUCACUGAACAAAUCAAUGUUAACAAGCAUGCACUGUGCUUGAUUUUGUUUGCCA